UGCCAACGCGGACCGCACCACGACGACGACCGCCACUGACUGCCACCCGCCUUACAAAGUUACGAGUUACGCGGCAUAGUACAAACGUACAGUACAGUCAACCGACAAUCAGUAUUGUCGUACUAAACUGCUAACGGUUCUUAUUUAACAUUCACUAUUUUACUCCGCCAACGUCCACCGCUAGUUAAGACACGUCAGUGGUUAUUACUCAGUGCACGUCGACGGUUCUUUACUACUAUUUGCUAUUGUAGAGCAUCAGUUGCCGUUGCCACGUAUCCACGUACAUUUUGCAAUAACCAAUAUCCACCGAUCGUUCGAUACGUGAAUAAUGGCACCUAAACAGAGGAUGAGGAUCGCCAACGAGAAGGCCAGCAAAAACAUCACUCAGCGGGGCAACGUCCCCAAAUCGACGAAAUCGGAGAAAAACAAAACACCUGUUAGUCCGUGGCUGCUGGCCCUAUUUUUAUUUGUUGUGUGCGGAUCUGUUAUAUUUCAACUCAUACAAAGCAUAAGAAGUGCAUGAUUACCAAUUCUCGUUGCUACUACAAUUCAUAUUUUCAUCAACAUUCUGCAUCUCAAAAUAUUAUUCCCUUCAAUGUAUUUUUUUUAAAUUGUGUUAUAAUGUCUGGUACAUAAUUAUUCUUUAUUAUAAUUUCAUUCUUACAUGAUAUUUUGUUUUUUUUUUUUUAAAUGAAACAUUAAUUAUUGGUACCAACAUUAUUUUUUCUUUUAAACAUAUUAUAUUAUAUCAUGCGAUUUAUACUUCAUAAUUCCUUUUGUGAAAUGUAAAAAAUUAUUGUUGUAACAGCAAACCUCAAUUUCUUUAUACGUUAUUAAUUAUAUUUUUUUAUCAAUGCUAAUUGAAACACUUGUAUAUAUAUAAUAAAUUGAAACUAAAUGUUAAAUGAGCUCCUCAAA